AUGGGUGGUGUUGUAAGUGCUGCUCCUUCCAAUUCCUCAUCAAAGUCAUCAGGCAAAACGCUCACUGGCUAUUUCCCUAAUUGGUUAUAUGCUCGUUGGCCUGUCAGCAACAUUGAUUUCUCGAAGUACACCCACAUCAACUAUGCAUUCGCCAUCAUGAUCAAGGGAAGCACACCCGAAUGGACCGAUCCUCAGCAAGUCGAAACACAGCUCCCUGAAUUAGUCAAAGCUGCUCAUGCUAAAGAUGCCAAGGUUCUCAUCUCUGUUGGUGGUUGGAGUGGAUGUCUCACCUUUAGUUCCAUGGUUGGGGAUUCAUCCAAGCGAUCCGAAUUCAUCAAAUGGAGCACUGAUCAAAUCGACAAAUAUGACAUUGAUGGCAUUGAUAUCGAUUGGGAGUACCCUGGUCGUCAAGGUGCUGGUUGUAAUGAGGUCGACAAGGCAAAUGACGCAAAGAACCUUUUGACACUUCUUCAAGAACUUCGAUCGGCCAUUGAUAAAAAGUACAAGAACAAGGAGCUUACAGCAGCAGUGCAUGUGCGUACUUUUGACACAUCUUCUGGUAACAUGAAGGAUGUAUCCGCUUUUGGCAAAGUUUUGGAUCGCGUCAACAUCAUGGCUUAUGACAUCAAUGGCGCCUUCAAUUCCACUUCGGGUCCCAAUGCUCCUUUCAACUUUGAACCUGGUUUGGGAUAUGAUGAUAGCUAUGUGUCCUCGAUUGAAACUUGGAUCAAGGCUGGUGUUCCUGCAAGCAAGAUUUCCCCUGGUUUGGCAUUCUAUGGCCGUUCUACGACUUCCACUGUUGACAUGAGCAAGACAAACCAAUACCAACCCCAGGUCAAGGGUAAGCCUCCAAAAGGUGAUUCACUUGAUGCCUAUUGGCAAGAUCCCAAUUGCCCCAAGGAUCCUGGUGGUAUGUCUGGUAUUUGGCGUUAUGGUAAUUUGCGAUCGGAAGGCGUCUUGACAGCUCCCGACAAGGCUGCUUCCCCAUGGAUCCGACAAUGGGACAAGGUUACUCAAACACCAUGGCUCUUCAACCCCAAAGACAAGACCUUCAUUUCAUACGAUGAUCCCCAAUCCAUUUCCAUCAAGGUUGAUUAUGCACUUUGCAAGGACCUGGGUGGUGUCAUGGUAUUUUCUGUGGAUGAAGAUUCAUCCAACAAUGAACUUCUCAAUGAAGCCUACAAGAUCCGCACAGGAUCCAACUCAUCAUCCAAAAGCUGCAAAUCCAAGUAG